AUGGCCACGAAACCCAGCAUCUCGAUUGACCCGUUGAAGAAGCAAGCACCUAUACGAGAUCAUCCAACCUCCAAGCCUGUCAAAGACGAACUACCCAAUCCCAAAUCGAGUAAGACUCACCCAAGCAAGCAAUCCUCAUAUAGCAAUGACGAUAAUGCGAGCCUCUUUUUCGUCGGUACCGCCACUACCAUCCUCGAAUGGGAAGGUAUGAGACUGAUGACGGACCCGAAUCUAUUACACGCGGGUGACCACGUCCACCUUGGUCCAGGUGUGACGUCGAUGCGAAGGACAAACCCUGCCGUCGACCUACAUGACCUGCCACAUAUAGACCUCGUCCUGCUAUCACACUACCACGAAGACCACUUCGACAAGGAAGUCGAGGCCUCAUUGCGCCGGGAUCUCCCCAUCAUCACCACGCCACAUGCCAAAUCAUGCCUCACUUCAAAAAGUGACCCCGACUCCUUCACCAACAUCCACGCCCUCGACAAAUGGGAUAACAUGUUCGUCGACAUAUCCGGCCCGACCAAGACCGACCUCCACUCGUCUAUGCGCCCACGGCUGAGGGUUGAGGGCAUGCCCGGUAAACACGUCGGCGACGGCCUGUUGUCCAAAGCCAAUGAACUCCUGGGCGCCGUCCCGCCCACAAACGGCUGGAUGCUGGAACUCGGCUACACGCCGCCAUCGCGUGUGGUGUCCUUUAACAAGCAAGACGCCACGGUAUCCGCCGACGUCAAUUCCCCGGACUUCGCUUGUGGAUACCGCAUCUAUAUUUCAGGCGACACGCUGUACGUGAACGAGCUGGCUCAAAUCUCCGAGUUGUACACUCAUGCCGGCAAACCAGUUGACCUGAUGCUAAUCCACCUGGGAGGAACUACUAUUCCAGGCCCGCAUAUGCCACUUUUGAUGGUGACCAUGGAUGCGCAGCAGGGGGUGGCGCUGGUCAAGCUCAUCCAGCCCGAUUUGACGCUGCCAAUCCAUUACGAUGACUACGACGUCAUGCUAUCACCUCUGUCUGACUUCCAGGCCGAAAUGGCCAAGGCGGGCCUCUCCGACGAAGUCGUAUAUCUCGACCGAGGCGAUGAAUUUAAAUUCCAGGUGAAACGACCAGGUUGA